AUGCACUAUCCACAGCACCAGCUGCACCACCACCAGAACACGCAUGCCUCGCCGCCGCCGCCGCCGCCGCCGCCGCCGCCGCAGUAUCAACAGCCGCAGUAUCCGCAACCGGCGUCAACUGGCUUUUUCUAUCAGCCCUACACAGACGGCGGCGGCGGCGGUGCCUACGUGGACCAGGCGCCGGCCGGGUAUCACCCACACGUCGCUAGUAGCCACGCCUUUAAUGGCGAGGAGAAGCCGCCUAGAACGCAUGAGGUGCAACACGCCCAUCUCGCGCAUGUGAUGUCGAUAGGCAUCGUGACCCCAACCAUCUCGCGGAGCAACUCCUGUGUGUCUCCCAAGGCCUUUGGCCGGGCUUCGCCCCCAAAUAGCGGCAGCCCCAGCCCGUUGCUUAGGAAUCAAACGAACAGGAUGGCCUCGCCGCCGCCGCCGCCACCGCCGCCGCCCAAACCAUUUUUGCAGCAGCCGUCAUCCUCUUCAAUCGCAAUGCCUCCAUCGCCGGCACCCGCCUUUCAUGAAGCCGCACUCCAUGCCUCUCAACCUUUUAACCAAUCCCAGCCGUUCCAGCAGCAACAACUGUUCCAGCAGCAACAACCGUUCCAGCAGCAACAGCAGCAACAACCGCCUCAGCAGCCACGCAGCGGGUUUGUGGCGUCCAUGCUAAAUGUCAUUUUGCCACACGAUGCAUUUGGAAGUAGUUUGCCGCAAGGGCCUGUUCCACUUUAUCAGCAGCGCUUUGGAUACCCCGAGGAUGACCUCCCACUACUGGAGGAGUUGGGAAUCUUCCCGCACCAAAUACGCUGCAAGGCCUUGGCGGUUCUAAAUCCCUUCAAGCCCAUGGCGCUGGAGGCCGUGGAAGACAUGGACCUCGCUGGACCGGUUGUCUUUGCAAUUACUCUUGCCUUCCUCUUGUCCUUGCAGGGAAAGCUGCAGUUCAGCACCAUCUAUGGUCACUGCGUGCUUGGGAUUGUCUUUAUGAAGGUCCUCCUCUCCCUGAUGACGGACCACGGCGUUGCGCUGCAGUUUAUUAUUAGUGCCCUGGGGUACUGCCUGAUUCCCAACGUCAUCCUGGCCGUCUGCCAGACCGUUGUGUACUGGCUGUUUGGCUACCUCGGCAAGACGAUGCUUGCGCCGGCCAUGUUGAUUGUCCUCUGGUCCGGGUGGUGCGCCACGGCGAUGCUGGUGAGCGGGCUCUCCAUGGAACGGCAGCGGUACCUGAUCCUGUACCCCAUCUUCCUCUUCUACGCCGUGUUUGCCGCGCUGACGAUAUUCUAA